GCAGUAAGAGAUAAAGAAAAAUUUUUUUUUGAAUUGGAUUGUAUUAUUGUGGAAUAACAGAAGGAUCAAAUGCAUUGAAUUUUUUUCUUUUUCCUAUCGUUUAUUUACCUAUACAAGAAUUGCAUCAAGAAUUGUUUUUAUUUUUGAAAUCUUUUUUUAAAAACUGUUUAAAUUAAUUUUAUAUUAUACGGCUAAUUUGAUUUCCAGCCCGAGAGUGUUGCAUGAGUAACUGAGAACAGUUUUGUAUUAAAUACGGUUCUUCUCCAUACUUUAAAAUGAAUAUUCUACCCAAAAAGAGGUGGCAUGUUCGAACUAAAGAUAAUAUUGCACGUGUUAGACGUGAUGAGGCACAGGCGGCUGAAGAAGAGAAGAAACUUAAGAUGAGGAUACAGUUAGCUGAACAAGAAACAAAAUUAUCAUUGUUGAGGACCAAGUCUAAACAAAGAUAUGACGAUUCUGCAGAUCGACCUGAAGAAAUUAAAACAGAGGAGCCCAGUCAUGUUAAUUUUUUCCAAGAUCUUGAGGAUGGUCAUGUGGCUCAUACAGGUGUUAAUAAAGAACAUGAACAGGAAAAAAAAGAAGAAAAAGAAGCAUAUGAAAAAAAAAUUGGCUACCUAACUUAUUUAGGACAAGAUACAGAUGAAAUUACUGGUAAUAUACAAUGGUAUAAUAAGAAACCAAAACGAUUAGAUCUGCGUGAAACUGAUAAAGAAGUUGAAACUAAAGUUAAAACAUUCAAUGAUCCACUUAUUGUGAUUAAAAAAUAUAUAGAAGGGGAUCAAAAAAGUUGUACAAUGUCUAAAGUAUUGAAUAAGAAAAAAGACGAUUCUCUUAAAAAAAAACAUAAGAAAAAAAAGAAAAAGAAAGAAAAAGAAAAGAAGAAAGAUAAAGAAGAAAAAAAAAUAGCCUUAGAAAAACUUAGAGAAAAAAGAUUAAAGAGAGAAAGGGAAGAAAGGUUUAGAGCUAGUAAUUUAUUAGCAAAAAUGAAUGGAGUUGAAGUAGAAGUUUCAAAAUCACAAAUAAAACCAACUAUUGUACAAAAGUAUAAUUCUCAGUUUAACCCAUACUUGGCUAAACAAAAUUACCCUACUAGUAGCAGUACUAAUUCAUAGACACAAAAUGUGCUAAACUAUGAUAAUUUAAAUUUUAACUAAAAUCAUAAUUACAGAUAUUUGUUUUGUUUAAAGGUAUUUUUAUU